GUGUCUUCACAAUCUCCAGUGCUAAAUCUGCAGAUCUAUACAUCCAGCUUUACACAAUGCAUACAUUUCAUUUUUUUGUGUUCAGAGCCGCACAACUGCAAAAGUUUGAAGAGGAAUGGAGAUGUCUAUCUAGUGUUUCCUUAUUUUUCAGCAGGAAGGCACAGGCUUGUUGACUUCCUCUCCCCUCCCUUCCUUCCUUCUCUCCGAAGGUACUCAUCUGAAAAAUGGGAACAAAGUGAUUGUUCCUGUUCUCUUUCUUAAGUCACUUCAAAUGCUGUCUGCUGGGCUGGAGGCUCAUUGUCCAGAGCACAGGGCAAGCGUCAGGCAAGUGAUGGACAAAUCCACAGUUCAUGCUGAAAGAGAGAAUCCACUAGACAAAAAUCUGAGGACUUGUUCUGAACCAUAACCUCAGCCUUUCUGCCCUGAAAGGUUCUUUCACCAACAAUCCUAAAUUAGGUUACAAUAUGGACCCAAACGACUACAAAAACAAGAGGAUGGAUGACUCAAGAACUGUUAACCUCUCUCAUCUUCCCCACCCCAUCGCCCAACCCAUCCCCUCCCGCCCUCGCCCUCCAAAAUACAUCCCGGAGAUGAUCGAUCUCAACAGGCUUCAGUUUCAUCGAGUCCUGGGCAGGUAUGAUACUGUGCAGAUCAAGCAGGAGACGGUCAAGCCCAUGCCAAUAUGGCCGCCAUCCCCACUUCUACUGCACCCUCCUCCACCACCAUACUUCCCACCACUUCACCCAAGCCUGGUCCCUUUCCCUUUCGUCAUGCCCGGCCCAGUCAUGCACCUUUCCCCCAAUCAUUUCUACCAAAGCGAAGCGCUGAGAUACCGCCGAAGGAGCCAAGAGGGUUCCAAACCCUCCACCACUGAGAAGUUGGGUCUGAACGUGCAUGUAGACGACAGCUACUAUGUCGAUGUUGGGGGAGACCAGAAGCGCUGGAAGUGCCGCAUGUGCGAGAAGUCCUACACCUCCAAGUACAACCUGGUCACGCACAUCCUGGGCCACAGUGGCAUCAAGCCUCAUGGCUGUGGUCUAUGCGGCAAACUCUUCAAGCAGCUGAGCCACCUGCACACCCAUAUGCUGACCCACCAGGGUGCCCGGCCCCACAAAUGCCAGGUGUGCCACAAGGCCUUCACGCAGACCAGCCACCUGAAACGGCACAUGAUGCAGCACAGCGACAUCAAGCCCUACAGCUGUGGCGUCUGUGGUCGGGGCUUCGCCUACCCCAGCGAGCUGCGGGCUCAUGAGCUCAAGCAUGAGCGGGGCCAGGAGAACAUCUGCGUGGAGUGUGGUCUGGACUUCCCCACUCUGGCCCAACUGAAGAGGCACCUGACAGCUCACCGAGGACCGGUCCAGUACGACUGCAGUGAGUGUGGAAAGAGCUUCCAGUACCCAAGCCAGCUGCAGAACCACAUGAUGAAGCACAAGGACAUACGACCCUACAUCUGCAGUGAGUGUGGCAUGGAGUUCGUCCAGUCGCACCACCUCAAGCAGCACACUCUGACCCAUAAGAAAUGUCUUCAUGCCUUUCAGGGAGUGAAGGAGCACAAGUGUCGCAUCUGCGGCCGCGAAUUCACCCUGCUGGCCAACAUGAAGCGCCACGUCCUGAUCCACACCAACAUCCGAGCCUACCAGUGCCACCUGUGCUACAAGAGCUUCGUCCAGAAACAGACGCUCAAGGCUCAUAUGAUCGUCCAUUCUGACAUCAAGCCAUACAAAUGCAAGCUGUGUGGAAAGGAGUUCAACAGAAUGCAUAAUCUGAUGGGUCACAUGCAUUUACAUUCUGACAGCAAGCCCUUCAAGUGCCUGUACUGUCCCAGCAAGUUCACUCUGAAAGGAAAUCUGACCAGACACAUGAAGGUCAAACAUGGCAUCAUGGACCGAGGCCUGGAUGCCCGAGUUUUCAGACGAAGAGGGCGCUUGUGCCUGUCAGCACCCCUGCGACUCCUGUCCCGUUUCAGCCAGGAGGAGCCCUUCGAUCUGUCCCAGAAGAGCAGGCCCCUGCCUCGCCUCUCUCAGUCGGACGGUGAGAGCGUGCGCGGGGGCAGCUCCAGCAGAGAGGAGGAUGAGGACAGUCUGUACAGGAUGAGCCAGUACAGCCCCGACCGCUACCACUCUGAGAUGGGGAGAGCUCUAGAGGCCAGAGAGGCGGAUGAUGAAGAUGAGGAGGAUGAGGAUGUCAUGGUCCACGUGGAUGAAGAGGAGAACAGCAGUGAUGAGCAGUUCUACAUGGGUAAGGAGGAGUUCCGGUGUCACUCAGAGAGUCAGCAAGGCUCAGUCUCUGAUGGAGAGAUCUAUUCAGCCAGAUCCUACCGGGAGCGAAAAUUAAGCUGUGAAUGAUUCUGUUCGAAAAUGGUGUAAAAUUUCUCAUGGGAAAAAAAAAAUAUUAAUAAAUAAAUUGCAAGAAUUCUGUGAAACAGUUUUUGCUUUUCAGCAGUAUUGUAGCAUAAGCAACUGUGCUAAUAAAACGAUUAACAUAUUUUUAAAGAAAUUAAUAUAAAAUUUGCAACUGUUUACUUAAUAAACUUGCUAAACAAGUUAAAUGCAUUAAAAAUGUGAUUGCUUAAAUGUUUGACUGACAAAUCAUCCUUUGAUUUUCUUGCACUGACAGUGUGAUAACAUUUUAACCAAUGUUCCUGUUUCUUGAUUUUUUUUUUUUACAUUUCUGAAAUAACAUGUAAAUAAAAGCUAAAAUAAAUUGUCUUGUGAUUUUAUUUUUCUGUGACACAAAUCCUGAUCUGUAUUUAUACAAAUAUUAAAAGUAUUU